GCCAGCUCCAGCGCUACCGUUAGCGAGCAAAUAAGGGAGUAGCGAGUCAUUUUUACUGAGGAAAUUACGUGUUAAUAUCUCGACAUUACGCUAUUUUGCUGACUAGUUCUUCUGGGAAAAUGAAAUUACAGUUUUACCGUGACGACACUCCUCCUAGAAGAGAAAAUUCACUGUGUAAAGUCAGCUUUUUCACUUCGACCUCAGUAGCUGAACGGCUUUAGCGAGUCGGUUCGUCUUGACAAGCGAGAGGCUCAGCUGUCCGCCGCCGCCGUUGGUGCUUUCUUAGGCGAAGGGGGGCUGGUUUGGACAAAGCCAGUCAGAUGUUGGACGGUGAAAAAUAUCCUCGGCACUCGAACCUUUUUACACCGGGUUGCGAAGCUGCAUUGUCAAGCUGAUCAUCUGUCGUGAAAGUGCUAGCAAUAAGGGGAGGAGUAGGGUCUAUUUUUAAGAGGGCGAGAGUUUGGAUCUCGCACCGAGGGAAGGAGUAGGGGGUGUGCGGAGGAACAAGACCCGCAGAGAAGAAGGGACCUAGGCCGAAAAAGAUCUUGAUGCCAGUGAUGGCAAACGAGCCGAUCAUCCUAAAUGUCUAUGAUAUGCUUCGUUGAUCCAAGAAAUAAUCGGUAGAUUCAUCAAUGAAGACCAUAAUGGAUACUUGCAGCCCAAGUUAAUAAUAAGAAAUGGCAGUUUGUCAACAGAGAGAACUGAGUUUGUUUCACAAUGUUAAAUCUUACUGGAUCAAUGAGUUCACCAGCUCUCUGGGCAUCGGGGUGUUUCACUCAGGGAUUGAGAUCUAUGGAAGAGAGUUUGCCUAUGGCGGACACCCGUACCCAUUCUCAGGGAUCUUUGAGAUUACACCAGGUGAUGCAACCGAACUCGGCGAGACCUUUAAGUUUAAAGAAGCCAUAGUCCUGGGCAGCACGGACUUCACAGAGGAGGAUGUGGAGCGGAUCGUGGAGGAAAUGGGGAAGGAGUACAAAGGCAACGCCUACCACCUCAUGCACAAGAACUGCAACCACUUCUCCUCAGCACUGUCAGAGAUCCUGUGUGGCAGGGAGAUCCCUCGCUGGGUCAACCGCCUGGCCUACUUCAGCUCCUGCGUGCCAUUCCUCCAGAGCUGCCUGCCCAAAGAGUGGCUGACCCCGGCUGCCUUACAGUCCAGCGUCAGCCAGGAGCUCCACGGAGGAGGGGAGCUGGAGGAGGCCGAGGACGCCGCCGCCACAGCCUCCCUGGCCUCCAUGUCGCCGUGCUCGCCCUCAUCCUCCUCCAGCCCCUCCUCCUUGCCUCGUCAUUCCCGCCACCAGCCCCGGCGGUAGAAGGUGGAAAGUCUGCUGGGAAACUUAUGGCUGGACUUGCGGUCAGGAAACAGAAUAGCUGCGGCAGCUGAUGAGUCCAGCUACCGCCAAAUGUCCUGUCAGACUGUCCUUGAGCAAGGGACUGAACUGCGACCCGCUCUGGUUAAGAAUGUCAGCCAAAUCCCUGCAGUGAUCCGGAGCAGUGGAACGGUUUCUCCUCGCAGGAAGAAGGAGAUCUCGCCGCUGACAAAGGCAUGUUCCAUCAGCGAACAUUGCUGACAGAACACAACAUCCCAUCCAAAAUCCAAACUAUCUCCCCUCUAGUCUCUUUCAUUAUUUUACCAGCCAAAUCACAACGCAGAAUGGAAGCAGAGCCGUUUGUUUUCCUGCCACAGUGUUUCAUAAUUUAGGAACGUUCACCAGCCGCGUCCAGACUUUAGCAGCAGUUAUAAUUGUGGAUUGUGCUAAUCUCCACCUUGUUGUAGUGGAAACCAGAGCGAGGGGAUGGUGUGAAAGAAGUGCAGGUUCGGCUCACUGACUGCAAGCUACAAGAUUUAUUUUUUUUUUAAAAAUGUUUUGAGUGUCGUUGGAUCUUAGUCUGGAGAAAAUGCUUAAAAAUGGACGCCACACCCGUGUUUAUACGAAGUAAAAAGUUAAUACAUCAUCUUAAAACCUAAAUCAGCUCACAUAUGCAUUGUAAUUCAGACUGAGAUCAAAACGUGGAGUCAGUGCGCAAAUAUCUUCACGCCUAUAUGUGAUGUGCGUUUAAUUACAGUCUUAAGUUAUCUGCAGUCUGAAUAAACUUCGGAUCAUUAUCAUGUUUUUAAUCGCCGGUAUAAUUUGACUGCGGCUGAAAAACGUUUCCACUGCAGUCAGCUGGAGCUAAGAUGUUUUGAAUAUUUGGCUGGUAAACUUUUGAAAGCAGCACACGGAUUUUGGACUCGAAACACUUUGCCUCGAAAUGCUGUGUGUGCAUCAGGACCUCAGCCUUUUGUUCUUCUUUUACAAUCUUGUUACUAUAAUCAGCCUAAUUUUCCUCAAACGCCACACAGACACAAAUAAACUGAUCCCUAACGCACCCCGAAUGGGUUCAGUUCCAGGUAAUCUUUGCUUCCCAAGUCCCUCGCUUCUUCUUUGUCCCUUUUUGUCAGGUAUCUGUAGCAGCUCUUAAAAUCCUACCUGUCCAUCAUGGAAUAACCACACCUGAUACGAUAUAACUGAACUGGAUGAAGCAGAUUUUUAAAAAUGUAUCAGCCUGUAAAGUAAUAAUUACAAAAUGGCAGCAGCUAUUUCUUCACCGAUAUUAUAAUCUUGUUAUUUUUUAAAUUUAAGAAUUGGGUUGCAGGGCAGGCAAUGACUUAGAGGUCAGUGUAAACUUUUUGUUACCAAGAAGGCUCUGGGUUUAAAUCCCAGCGUACAAUAGAGUGAAUUCUUUCUUAGUAGCAACUGCCAAGGUGCCUUUGAGCAAGGUACUUAACCUACAAGUGUCCCAGCAGCCACCAGUAAGACUGUGGUUGUACUGGACUGCUCCCAGUUCUCAGUGUGUUCAUCUUUGUAACCGUGAAGCAAAAUGUUUCGUCUUCACCUGAGCAAGUCAAGUAAACGUUGAUGGACUCCAUGUCGGUUUGUAAUCAACACAAACAUCUGUGGCGGAAGGGGAACUGAGGAAGAGUGUGUCUUAAAUGUUAACCCGCUCUGACUGACCUGUGAUCAGCCGUGCACCCCUGACAGUCAGACUCCUCACAUCUGUGUCUACUUAGGGAUGACGCACGUCGGUGUUUAAUCUGGAGCAUCGCAAGCACAUUUUAAGUUUCAUUUCAAAAGAUUUAUACUUUUAUUUUAUUUUGGGGGAAAAAGUGAUUAAACUUAUAAUGUACUAUCAUUUUAAUCAUCUUGAACAACGGUUGAGCGUAAUUUUACAGGAAGAUGCUGCUUCUCCAAAUGAUGAGCACCUCAUUUAAAACUCUAUAUAUGCUGUUAGCAACACCACGUAUGCUGCAUAAUGUGUAUUGUCCCAAACAACAGCCAUGGAUGUGUUGAAAACAUAUUUCUCAGUUGAUUUCACUUGUUUUGCUGGAAGUCUGAGGACUGGACUACAAGCAGGAAAACAUGUUUGUUUGUUUGUUUGUUUGUUUUUUUAAAUCCUUUAUUGUAUUUCUAUGAUAUAUGGACUCUGGCCUUUUUGUCUGUUUUGUUUAUGUUUGAUAAACUCAGGACUCCAAAAGGCUUUGUAACAUAAUCCUUUAAACUUUUUUAUUCCACAUUUUAUGUUUGCAUUGUUGUUGCUUUUUCUAAUGCAGUAGUCACUCCAUAGAGCUUUUGAAGAACGCACUGUGGCGGUGCAGUUUUAUACUCGUCUCUUUGAUAAAGGAAAAAAAUGAGCUUUUGUUUACAACCUGGAUGUUUAUAUGUGAGUCUGUGCUGCUCUUUGUUUUCCUGUCUGUGCAUGAAUGUGUGAGUGUGUGUGCACACUCGUAUUAUAAAUAGUUAGUAUCAACAACAAGCUGCCAACUGGGCCACAUACAUUUCCAUAUCUCUCACACACACACACACACACACACACACACACACAGAUGAUCUGCAAAAGGGAUCCAUCUUCACAAAUGCAGCGGAUGUUUCCAAGGUAUUUUUUCAAAAACACUGCUGCAUCUUUAAGAGAUGGGAUUUCUCUACACGUGUAACUUUUUGUUCUCGAUCCUAAAUUUCGGAUAUUUUCAGUGACAUUAUUUUGGUGCAGUGACAGAAGCAGUGUUAAAGCAGGACCCACUGUAAAACAAUGACAUUUCUCACAAAACCAGCAUCCUUAUCUGACUAUGGAGUGAAAGGAUUCAACUCAACAACUGUGUUAUGAACUUAAUUUAAAUGUUACUUUUUUUGUAAAUCUGAGUAAGAAAACAUAAAACUUUAUUUUUAAUGCACUGACACAGACUGACACACACACUUCUACUGCUGUCAGCCUUCUGCCGGCUGGUAUUUGUACUGUUACUUGUCUGUGCUUCAACACACAGACGCUGAGGUUUCCCCUUAACCUUCAUAGCUUCUGAUAGUUUAUCCAUCGUCUGUUGACAAGUACAGAAUAUCUCACCAAAACACACCAGCUGAUACUGGAUUUACCAACAUAUGUAGCCUUUCAUUUCAAAAGGCUGAGGAUGAAAAAGUUCCAAUCGCAACAUUAAACGUCACAAAUCACCAUCACUGAGGCCAAAGAUCGCUACAGCGACACCAAUCCUUGCUCUCUCUUUUUCUUAACAGCCAUUUAAUCAUCACAACUUCUUUAAUGAAUGUCUCGUUUUGGAAUGAAACGAUCGUUCUUUGAGAAAAUGGAUAUUUGCACCACAUGUGUGAGCUAUGAAUGUAAAUUGGGAAACCUCAGUCAUUCAAACCCCAGAAGAAAAAAAAACUGACUUCAACUGUUUGAGUGAAUUUUCACAGAGACUUCAAUGGAGCCAAACAGAUUUGUACCGUGUCGGAAAGUUAUUAAA